CAGUAAAAAAUAUUUUGUAUUUGUGUUAAAAUUUUUCCUUGUAAAAAGUUUUGUGUUAAAUUUUUAACACAGUUGUGUGUUAAUUUACCAUAUUACUGUUGUGUUAUUUGGACUUUUGUAUGUUAAAUUAAUAUUAACUAUUUUUAAAAGUUAAAAUAACACAAUUUAUACGUAAAUACAUGAAAUCUUGGUGACGUAUUUUAUAUGUUAAAGUGAACAAAUAAAAUAUGUUACUUUCCUCUUUGUAACAGUUACCAUGUGUUAAAUGAACAUAUUUCUCAUGUUAUUAUAAAGAGAUCGUUGUCUUAUACCGUUUGAUUCCCCCCAAACCCCACGCAACGCGACGUUCUUGUGUUUAUAGCCGCUGCAACAGACCAACAAGUCCCUGCGUGUAGCGAACACGGAUGGCGUAGCGUAUGUACCUCACUUUUCUCACUUUAGUGAUUAUGUGUAAGUGUGAAGUUAUCGCUUGAGACUACCGUGUUUUUUUCUGCAUAAGAAGCAUUUUUCUAAUUCCCACUCAGUGAUCUCAGUGUGUCGAUUACGACCGUCAUAAUUAGCUCGCCGGCUAUUGAAUUCCAUUGAAAACGAAAUUAAUUGUAUAAGCAUCAACUACGUCGAUAAAGAAUUAUAGUCGCAGAAUAGCGCCAAACGAAUUUGAAAAACAAGGGGAUUGUUUUAUUUUUCUACGCAAGAGUAAAAUCGUGUGCGAAUACGAAACUCUGGACAAAAUUCUUAUUCCUCUAUAUUUAUCGUUAAACAUGCAGGAAAUUAAUAUAAAUUAUUUAUUCUGCGUUUUGCAAUAUAAAGAUGAUAAAGUAUGGGUAAAAAUUGAAGAGCCAUGUAAUUUUCACCAUUUUAUUGUAAAAGCCGAAGAAACUUUUCCCUCAUUAAGAAAUACAGAUUUCAUAUUCACUGACAUAAACAAUGCUAAACUGGAAUCAGAUAUUUUAUUGGAUUAUGUUCGAAUAAAUCCACGAGGAGUUAUAAUUAAAAUAAAAACUGUUACAAAUAUCAUUGAUAUCUCAUUUUCGCAAACUUCUGAAGAAAUAAAUAUACCAUCUACAAGUUCAGAUAGAGAUGCAGGUAGUUCUAUUGUAGUAUCAGAUAUUUCUGAUAUUAGAUCGGAUAGUGAUCCUGAAGAAUAUGCAUCAUCCUCAAAAAAAUGCAAAUUAAAUACUACCGCUUUGGAAAAUGAAAUUAUAUCAAAAAAUAAAUUACGUAAAAUAAUAAAAGAUUCGGCGUGCGGACAAGAAAUACUUAACGAUUAUGAAAAAAAUAAAUAUUUAUCGGAAAGGAGUAGAAGGCUUGUAGUAAAAAUUGUUGUGCAACAUUUAAUAAAAUAUAAAGAGAAAGUAAACAGACAAAUUUUAUCUCAUGAAAAAUGUAGUUAUGCACAAGCUAUUAUUGACCUCUUUCCAAAUUUAAAAAACACUGAAGGUGAUCUUGGCUAUGAACAUUUUUAUAAUCCUGAAACUGGUACUGGAUAUAUUGCUUCACGUUUAUCGAACGUACAACGAAAGAAAAGCGUUUCAAAAAUUGUUUUUAAUAAAAAACAAAAAGAAAAUAUCGAAAAUAUCAAUAUAAGAACUGAGUAUGCUGAUGAAACAGAUACUAUUAAAGACUCUAUAGAUUUUAUGAAACAUGCAACAUUGGAACAGAAAGAUAAAAUUAUAGAAAAAACUAAAGAAACUUUUAAAGUUAGACGAUAUUUAUAUAUGAAUGAAAAUUUUUUUAAUGUAUUUCCGAGAUUUUUGGACAUCCCGGAUUUGAUUGAUGUAGAAUUUAAUCUACUUUUUCCUGAAGUUGAACAAGACAAAUUUUGCCAAAUAUAUGUAGAAUAUGUUAAUGCUAUUUUAUCAGUUUACGAGACUGAAAAGAAUAACAUUUCUCUUGAAUGGAGUCGUGUUACUAACUCCUUUAUUGCCUUGACACUAUUGUUACCACCAACAGCAAGAGGAAAAAAAUUAGCUGCAAGAGAUAAAGCAAACAAUAUUGUCAAAAAAUUGAUUGUUUUUGUGCAGAACGGAACACCGUUGCAUUCAAAUGAAAACGUUAAUCAACCAAGACUUGUCGUUGUCGGUCCUAACAAAAUAGCAUUUGAACAAUGUUUUCUUGAAAUAGACAAGAAAUUUAUUUUACUACCAACGAAUGAUAUAAUUAAGUCAAUUGAUUAUUUGUUCAAAGCUCACUAUGUUUUUCAUGUCGAAUUUGAGAAUGAUCUUAAAAAUUUUUGGAUUUUUCUUCAACAUUAUUAUUACAAAAUUCCAAGUAAGUGUACAAGUAAACUAAUUGAAGUACACACAAAACUUGAGGUUGCAAAAAACAAAUUAUUAACUAAUUAAAAGAAUUUAUAACUUUUUUACUUAUAUUUUUAGUAUUAUUUUAAAUUCUUUUAUUUUCAUUGAAAAAUAUAUAUAUUA